ACGACGAAUCGACGAUAUUUUCAUUCGACGAUAUCACGGCUAUUUUCUAAGUUUUAAAAUUAUGAGUGCGUGGGAAUGUAUAUGCUAGCGUUAAUUUUGAUAUAAUAUAAAUAUGGCUUUGUCUGAAUUUAAGGAACUUAUUAGCGGCUUAGCCGUCGUUACAACAGUAUUGAAUUUUUUGUCAGGAAUGUUAGUGUGCAAGCAAUAUGUGGUUAAUAGGUCUACAGCUGAAGCGUCACCAUUGCCUUUUCUUACCGGUGUUCUAGCAUCAGCCUUGUGGCUCAUGUAUGGGAUUACCAAGGAUGAUAGUAAGAUAAUACUAGUAAACAUAAUAGGAAUAACACUCAUGACAUUGUAUUCUCUUGUGUUCUAUAUGUAUACUUACAAGAAGUCUACUACAUUCAAGCAGAUGGUCUUUACAAUGGGCUUGCUUGUUUUGUCUGUGGGAUAUUUAAGAUUUGAGGAGGAUAAAGAAACUCUUCUCGGCCGACUGGGGACAGUUGCAUGCCUCGUCACAUUGCUGGCGAUAGCAGCUCCGAUGAGCAAGCUGUUCUAUGUGUUAAAAGUGAAGAGCACAGAAUGUCUCCCGUUCCCUAUGAUCCUCAUGUCAUUCUUUGUGUCGAGUCUGUGGUUCCUUUAUGGUGUUAUAGAGGAAGACAAUUAUUUAAUUCUACCAAAUAUAGUCGGCGCGGGCCUUUCGGUGUUCCAGCUUUCGCUGUUCGUUGUCUUCCCCCGGACGCCUCCUCUCUUGCCUAAGAGCGUGUUAGCGUAAUCUACAGACUUACAGGCUAAUGAGUACCCGUUGUGCUGAGAAUUAUGUAAGUGUUUCCUAUGUUGUACUAGUAGGUGUUAGGGCGAUACUAUGGCCGUGUUGGCUAGGUUGCCUAGCGGCUAUGAUGCACUUCGCACGUAGCAUACAUAAUUACAUUAAUUACAUACUACACUACUAGCGUAUGAUACGCACGCUCUUUGGUACCGAAAAAAAAAUUCUCAGGCACUGGUAAAUUAUGAAAUAUUGUAUUGAAACCUUAGUGAGCACAUUGCCAAUAUAAUAGCAAGCUUGAAAUUAAAACGCAUUUAUUUAUAUUAAUGUAUCGAAAACAAAUGUUCAAAAGGAAAUAUGUGACUAAUUAUUAAAGGAUUAGAUACCUACGCAUUUGAGUUUAUUGGCGUAAAUAAAGUAGGUUAUUAAUAGAUACAAAAGCAAAGGAAAAUACCUAUGGGUAUACAUAAUGACAAUUUGUAUAGGUCUAUUCCGAUCAAGCAGGUAUAAUUUGUUGUAGGAUUUGCGUAGUUACACUAGUUACUAGAGAUAGUAGAGAUAGACGAAAAUAUGUCUGCAAAGAUUUUGAUAGCAUACGCAGUGCAAGUGUUAUUUUAAACGUCAAACUUAAUAUGAAAUUCAUCAUCAUCAUUUCAGCCUAUAUAUGUCCCACUGCUGAGCAUAGGCCUCCUCUCAGGCGCGAGAGGGCAAAAAAAAAACAAAAUAUGAAAUUAUGACGUAUAAAUAACACUUGUACUGCGUAUGCUAUCAAAAUCGUUGCAGACUUUUAUUGGUCUAACUUUAACAUAUAUUUUAUAGUUAUUAGCAGACAUCGUAAAUUCUACAAUAUUUUUGGUGCAGCGGAGUGGUGUUAACGGGGGGUACCUUUGUUUCCCAUAAAGUUUUACGUCAUAAUGUAUUGUUUGUCAUAUUAUCGUUAGUCAUAAAACUGUUAUCUUUUCAGGAUUUUCGUAUCGUCAUUCUAUAGAUAGGUUAGAUUAGGUUAGGUUUGUUUUAUGGCAAUCCUGAAAAGUUACGCGUUUCUGAGAAAAACCAAUUAUGACUAACGAAAAUUCGGACAAACAAUACAUUAUGACUUAAAACUAUUUGGGAAACAAUAGAGACCCGUUAACGGAAUUGGUAUAGAUAAUUCCAAAUGAAAUGGUAAAAUAAGGGUAAUAUUAACGUAAUUAACGGUAAUAAAUCAUUAUAGUUCGUUUUAUUGCAUUAGAAAUAAGGUAAACAAUCUUGAUGUGUCUUUUAAUUGAAAAACACAUUUUAAAAAUAAGUUACGGCAAAUAUGUAACAAUUAUGAAUCUAAUACGAUCAUUUAUAAUCUUCUGCUUUUAUAAGUAAUAGUUACUGAUUUUUAAAAAGCGUUUUUCAAUUAAGGCAUGUCAAGUGUUACCUUCUGUCAAGUUUUUUCUAAUACUAAAAAAACGAACUAGGGUUGAAAUUGUUUAUGCCAAUUCCGUUAACACCACUCCGCUGCACCGAAAAUGCUAUAAAAUUUACUCUGGUUAUCAGUCAAUAUUUUUAUGUCCAUGACAUACUAACAUAAAGUAUUGUUUAAUUGUAUGUAAAAAAGUUUUGGUACGAUCUGAUUGAGUGAUCUCAUGAUGUAUUCCAGUUAAUAGAGCGAACUUUAAAUGGACUUGUUUUGUUUCUGGUUAUAUUUUAUUUUUCGUAUCGUAUCUGAGUAAAAUUUGAAUCGAAUAUUUAAAAAUGACUAAAUUUUAUAUUAACAGUUCAUAGAAUAGGAUUCUAAUGUGAAAUAUAUUAAAAAAGUCAAUUAUACAGAGAGACUAAUUAUAAAUAGGUAGUUAAUUAUGUAUUUUACAUAGGUAGGUACUAUGUAUUUUCCUGCCGGAAGCGUAUUUUUUUUUCAUUUUCUUCCUUUAAUGUAAAAUAUUUGUAUUUUGUGUGCUGUUUGAUAAUUUAACGAAACAGAGAGUGCUAGUUUCAUUGAUAAGUACCUAUAGCAGCAGUACCGGAUUGUAUUUCUUCUCAAACAUGCUCGGAAAUUGUCGCAUUUAUUUCGUUAAUCGAAAACGCAAAGGCUUUUGCCAGGCCUCGGCAAGCCUCAGCUCAGCCAGGCAUGUGCGUACAGCCUGGCAAAAAAGAGUAGAUAUUACAAAGUGGCAAUACUGCAGUGUCGUCCCUUUCAAAUCAAUUUAUAUAAGAGAGCGGGACGACACUAUAGUGUUGAAACUUUUUAAUUUCUACUCUUUUUUUGCCAUUCUGUCCUUCGUCAGAAAAUGCCUUUCUUUCCAUGUUUCCAUUCGUCGGCAUCAAUGUUCUAUAAAUUAAUUAGAAUUAACUUAAAGCUGAACAUUUUCACGGAGGCGGAGAUGAGCAGAGACGAGAGGAGAAAGGCAGCCUAAGUGUCAAUCUAAAUACAAAAUACAAAUACAAAUAAUUUAUUGAGAAAAAUAUAGUACAGUGGUUGUUCUUAAAUACUCUCAACAUCUGACAUGUUUUAUUUUAUGAUUAACUUCCAAUAUAGGUGUUAUCAAUCAAUCAAUCAAGAAAACUUGACGUGAGAUAUACAUACCUACAUACUAUACAUUAAAUUUGUGGUAGUACCUGAUGCCUAUAUAUGGCAUAUGGCAUUAUAUUACGGUAUUCUAUAGCGUAAUUGUAAAUUAUUAGCUUAUCAAGUUAUCAUGUAUUGAGAAGUAGGUAAUAAAUACCUAUAUAUAAGUAUUUUAGUAGAAUAUUCUGUGGUGUUUACUUUGGUGCUAUGUAUAUAAUAUUUUCGGUGUAUUGGUGGUGUAUUGUUACACUUUUAAAUAAAAUGUUGACUUCUUUUUUAACGUUUAUCGCCAUAUGAAAAAUAUAUAAUUGAUAAAACAUUAAAUAUUUUUCGACUUUACAAUGUAGCACUGCCUACACUUAUAUUUUUAUCGGAAUGUAACUAAAAGUUUUAUAAACCCUAAUGUAAAUUCCAAAGUGAAUCUAAAUAUGCUCUUUUUAAUAUUACCACCCGUGUUUACCAUUUUAAUCUAUAUUAAGUUCACUGUACAGUCAGCAUCGGAAGUUGCUAUGCGGGUGAGGUGUGUUCAAAAUUACCUUGACACGCUCGUAUUUUCUUAACAAUAAAGUCGCGUCGAGAUCAUUUAGAACACCUCGCCCGCUUAGCAACUUGCUGUUGACUGUACGGCCUACCGUACCUAUACUUAAAAGCCCAUCAACGUGCACACUAGCGCCACUGCUAAAUAAUCGUGAUUAUUUAAAUUUAACGACAGGUAUUUAAAGAAGGAGGCCGCUACGUACUGUAUUGUGUAUUCAAGUACCUUUUGAAUACAUCAAACUAGUUUUUAUGUUGCUGGAUUCGUCAUCUAUGCGUCCAAAGUUAAAACGGCCGUUUUUGUUUUGAGUUCAUAGAUCGACGAAUCUAGCAACAUAGAAACUAGUUUGAUGUAAGUAUUCAAAAGGCACUUAAAUACACAAUACAGUCCGUAGCGGCCCCCUUUUUUAAAUACCUGUCGUUAAAUUUUAAUAAUCACGAUUAUUUAGCAGUGGCGCUAUA